CGGUGCGUGUGAGUGGCGGGCGUCUCCCGCGCCUCAGACUCAGGGAGCCCACCGCACCGCGCCCCCACCCCCAGGUCCAGCCAGCGCGGCUGGCGUCUCCCCAGGCCGAGGACCGGCUCCUCUCACACUCAGGACCGCGGCCACAGAGCGGUGAUCAUCCCAAAUCCCAGGCAGCUCCCUGGCCCCGGCGUUUCCUCGGCGCCCAGGUCGUGGUGGCGGCGGCCGGGAGCCCUGUCCACCGGGCACUAGCGAGUUCCCGCCGCCUGCCCCGCCACUCCUCGCCUUCCACUCAAGAGCAAGUUUUUCUCUCCCCUGUCGGUUGCAGCCCCAGUCCCCGAGGGCCAAAGUCGCCUCCUGGCCUUGUGUGUCCUUCCCCUGCACCUAGAGCACUCGUAGAAAUUAGCUCCUUACUGAGCUGAAAACCUCUCGUCCUUGAUUUAGCUUUGGCAGUUAACAUUUGCGGGUUCCCACCCCUGUCCACUGACACUCCAAACCCGGGGUCCUAACUAUUUGGGUCACCAAUUCCUUGGCCGUCUCUAUGUAACUUUCCUCAUCCAUCCUGAGGUCCAGUUGCCUCUGGGCUCCAUUCUCUAGCCCCCAACGGAGCUGGUCACUCCCACCGCUGGGUGGGAGUGAUCAGGGGGCCUCUGGCCCAGGAUUUCUCACCCUGGAAGGCAGUUCCAAAGCAGCAAGAGAAUUGGGCGUCGGGUACGAACCUGGCAGCUCAGGAGUGGGUGCACCUGUCACCCCACACAAGAAAAUGAAGAAGCGUAAAGAGCUCAAUGCUUUGAUAGGCUUGGGUGGAGACAGCCGGAGAAAAAAGUCUAAGAAAGGCUCAAGCAGCCAUCGCCUGCUUCGCACCGAGCCUCCUGACUCGGACUCAGAGUCCAGCUCAGAGGAAGAAGAGGAGUUCGCUGUAACUGGAAAUCGCUCUCGGUUUGUCAAGGGAGACUACACACGAUGCUGCAAGAUCUGUUAUCCUCUCUGUGCUUUUGUCAUCCUCGCAGCCUGUGUUGUGGCCUGUGUUGGCCUGGUGUGGAUGCAAGUUGCUCUUAAGGAGGAUCUGGAUGCCCUCAAGGAAAAAUUUAGAACCAUGGAAUCUAAUCAGAAAAGCUCAUUCCAGGAAAUCCCCAAGCUUAAUGAAGAGCUUCUCAGCAAACAAAAACAACUUGAGAAGAUUGAAUCUGGGGAGCUGGGCUUGAGCAAAGUCUGGAUCAACAUCACAGAAAUGAAUAAACAGAUUUCUCUGUUGACUUCUGCAGUAAGCCACCUCAAAGCCAACGUUAAGUCAGCUGCAGACUUAAUUAGCCUACCAACCACUAUAGAGGGACUUCAGAAGAGUGUAGCUUCCAUUGGAAAUACUUUAAACAGUGUCCAUCUUGCUGUGGAGGCAAUACAGAAAACUGUGGAUGAACACAAGAAAACCUUGGAGUUGCUGCAGAGUGACAGGGAGAUCAAUGGCAGCAACCAGAUCAUUCCGUCACCUUCAGCUACAGAACUUGACAAUAAAACCCACAGUGACAAUUUGAAACAGGAUAUCCUGUACCUUCACAACUCUUUAGAGGAGGUAAACAAUACCAUAGUGGGAUACCAGAGACAGAAUGAUCUUAAGCUGGAGGGGAUGAAUGAAACACUCGGGAAUCUUACGCAAAGAGUCAGCGUGAUAGAAAGCAAUGUGCUUGCGUUGAACAAGGUUGACAAGUCAGCAAACCUAACCUCCAGCAUGAAAGAAGAUAGUUCAAAUUCUCAGGUAUCCAAGCUGCGACAGAAACUGCAGCUGAUCAAUGCUCUCACAAACAAACCCGAAAGCAACAAGCCUCCAGAGACUGCAGAUGAAGAGCAACUACAGAGUUUCACAUCAGAGCCAUCAGCAUCUCCAAAACUUUCACAGCCUCUUGGAGGCCAAAGUGAAAUCCAACUAAAACCUGUCUCCCUACCAGGAAUUUCUAACAUUGAAGAUCUCAAGGAUUUAUUCCACAAGACUGGCCAUGAUAUGGAUGAAAAACUGACCUACCAAGAAAUCUGGAACUCCCUAGGUUCUGUGAUACCAGGACCAGAAAACUUAAGACCAUUUGAUUCCAAUGGAGAUGGAAGAUACUCCUUUCUGGAGCUAAAAGUAGCUUUAGGUAUCUAGUCUUAUCAGGCCUGUGAUGUGGAUUUGUACCCUGGACUACCUAAACUCCAUUAACCUAACAAAGCAACCCUUUACUUACACAUCAGCCCUCCAGUCCUCCAAACUACUAUAGCAGAUACAUGGCCACCUUUUAACUUGUUUGGAAACACUAUAUAAAAGUUAUUUUUUUAAAAGAAAAGAAAACCAUUUUACUUAUUAUGUGAUGUUUGGAAAUCUUUGAUUUUCAGAAGCUAGUAAGAGCUUAUAUUUUAAAGUUGCCAGGAAAUAAUAAAGUCCUCUUUUUUUUCCUCUUUCCUGUUUUUGAGGGGAGGAAACUAUCUUUUAAAACUGGAAAAUGUGUACAUAAAGAGAAUAAGUCACCAUUUAUAUUUCAUAUAAAUUUGCCUUAAAUUAGCUGCACUUUAAAGAGCCUUGGAAAAUGUCUUUCCUUUACAAGAUAGGCCUUUCUGUUUGUAAAUAUUUAAGAUGAAAGAGUGUAUGUACUGUGUGGAAAGAAUAGUCUUGAACAGGAUGUAAACAAAUGACUUGUUAUGAAGAAUCACUAAUCUGAUGUGGGUAGCAGCUGACACUGUGUUCACAUCUCCUAAGGCAUCCCUCAAAGGCCCAGGUGCUGCCAUAGGAUUUGGCCUGGGUGCUAGGAGCAGUUCAGGGAGUGGAUGCUGUGCAGACAGUGCCAGCUCCAGGCUCAGGAAAGUCGGGUUCUGGGUCUUUGUUCCUAUUCUCUCGUUUAUCCCAGCCUGAGAGCCAGAUAGGUCUUAUUACAGACUUUUCUCAUUUUGAAUUCUCUUUCAGGGCUUAUGAGUGUAAAAAGUUGUUCUGUGGGGAACCACUUCCCUCCCCACAGUAAGCUAGUUUGUCUUCCCUACCUAGACAAGACUGUCUUAAAGGUGUACUUGGUUCCUACCUUUGUAACCAUCUCUACUCUAGAGUGUCAGGGCUCAAGUCUCUGGUCACUUUCUUACACUGGCUCCCCAAGAGCAUCAGAGGAGACCUCUUGAAUUUUACUAGGGGAAGCAUCACCCUUGAGGUUUUACCUGGAAGCUAACCAAGAAUCUGAUUUAUUUCUUGGUGCAAUGACUAAAGCCAAAAAUGUUCAAAAUGUGAAAUCAUGUCUUCUUACAAAUAUCUGCUCAGAAGUAGUUAUAUGUUUUCUGUCCAGAGAAUGCCAAACUAUAGUACACAGGCUUGGAAGCUGGUAGCAAGAUUUUCAGAACAUAAUAGCAAGUGCAAUACUUCUCCUUUUAAGCACUUCUUUGGGCCUGACAUUAAAGGACAAGAAAGAAUGAUAUAUCGAUAUCGCCCGUAUGUUGUUGCUAAGAAGCAGUAUUUGGGCAGCACAAAAAGGAAAACUUGAUAAAACUUGACUUUGCUGUGGCCAAGUUGGCACAGACUUCUUUAGCAGAGAUCAUUUCCAUUCAUGUCCAUUACCCUGUAACUGUGGUGACAGUCCAGAUCCCAUCAACCUUUGAAGCAUGCUUCUUCUCUUUACAUGACAUUCAGCUUGUUGGUCACUUUUCCCCUAAAAGUAUUACAAUUUAGUAAAAGCAAGACAGUCUUUUCCUGUUUCUGUGUCAGUUUAUCUCAUUGUGGUUUAUAUUUCUCCCUUUUUAAUUUUUUUUGUCUUAAUGUAGCUCUUGCCCAUCUAUGUUAUUUCACUUCUUGGAAAGGUUAAAAUAUAGUUUAAAAUUAUCCUGGCACUUUAGGUAACUUGAAGAUAACUCUCUUGCUCUUCUGGCUGCCUUCUCUGCCCUCCCCUUUUAAUAUAUAUAGAUUUUGUAACAACCAAAUAAAAUUCUAGCAAUAAAUUGAA